AUGGCAGACAGGCUGGAACAAUCAAGCGAUGCUCACAGUAUGCAUUCAACCGAACAGCAGGAGAAGAAAGAUGAUCUUGCAACUUCUGCUCCCUCAGAAGAUGUAGAAUAUCCACCCUUCAAGAGAGUCCUCGCCAUCGUGCUCGGCAUGAUGUCUGUGUCUCUCCUUGUUGCUUUGGACCGAACCAUCAUCGCAACAGCGAUCCCCGCCAUCACAGAUCAUUUCAACUCGCUUGAUGAUGUAGGCUGGUAUGCGUCGUCUUAUCUCCUGACGAUGUCUGCAUUUCAACUCCUCAUCGGCCGCAUCUAUACUUUCUACAGCACCAAAUGGGUAUAUAUCACCUCCAUCGGCAUUUUCGAACUCGGUUCUUUGGUCUGUGGAGCAGCUCCAUCUUCUGUCGCCUUCAUCAUUGGGAGAUCAAUCGCAGGAAUUGGCAGCGCAGGUAUCUUCGCGGGAGCCAUCGUUGUGAUUGUGGACCUCGUUCCGCUCGAGAAACGACCCGCGUGGACUGGAGCUUUCGGAGCAGUGUUUGCUAUCGCAUCGGUGGCCGGCCCACUGCUCGGCGGAGUAUUCACAACGAAUGUAUCAUGGAGAUGGUGCUUCUACAUCAACCUACCAAUCGGGGGCGCGGCGAUGGCAAUCCUAGCCUUCAUCCUCAAAGUCCCGGCGAGAACAACCAAAAGAGCGACCCUGAAGGAACAAAUCCACCAACUAGACCCGAUCGGCACGGCAAUCUUCAUCCCCUCGAUAACGUGCCUCCUGCUGGCCCUGCAAUGGGGCGGCAUCGACUACGCAUGGUCAGACGGACGAAUCAUUGCGCUCCUGGUCCUCGCCGGCGUGCUAUUCAUCGCCUUCAUCGGUGUGCAGAUGUGGCGGCAAGAACUCGCGACCGUGCCGCCUCGCAUCAUCAAGAUGCGCGCCGUCGCCGCAGGGAUGACGUACUCGUUCUUCAGCGGCGCGGGGAUGAUCACGAUCGUGUACUUCCUGCCCAUCUGGUUCCAGGCCAUCAAGGGCGCCACCGCCGUCCACUCGGGCAUCAUGAACCUGCCGGCCGUGCUGGGCAUCACGCUAGCGUCCAUCGUCGCGGGCAUCGGCACCCGCAAGCUCGGAUACUUCACGCACUGGAUGGUCGUCUCGUCCGUCAUGACCUCCGUCGGCGUCGGCCUGAUGUGCACGUUCACGCUCACCACGGGCCACAGCAAAUGGAUCGGGUACCAGGCCCUCUGGGGCAUCGGGCUCGGGCUGGGGAUGCAGCAGCCCUCGGUCGCGGCGCAGACGGUGCUCGCCAGGAAAGACGUCCCCACCGGCGCCACCAUCAUGUUCUUCGCCCAGGGCCUCGGCGGCUCCGUCUGCGUCAGCAUCGCCAACAACAUCUUCCUGAACAAACUAUCCACGGGCCUGACCUCCAUCCCGGGCAUCAACGGCGAUCUCGUCACCCAUGUCGGCGCCACAGAUCUCCGGAACGUCGUCCCCGCGGCCAGUUUGGACGCUGUGCUGGCGGUCUAUAAUCUGGCGUUGAGGAAUGCCUUCUACGUCGGCGUCGCCGUCAGUACCGCCACCAUCAUUGGUACUCUGCUGAUGCCUUGGAUCAACAUCAAGAAAGUCGCUGCUGACCAGAAGGCUGCGGCUGCGCUUGCAUCGACACCCAAGACAGCAGGUAGCGCUGAACAGCAGCAGGAGACGGAGGCCAAGAGGGUUGAAGAGGUGUAA